ACGCGCAUUGUGCUCUUGCGCCGGUCGUUCAUUUUACAUUUCGAACAACGCUUGCUGGCUGGUUUUACCGUUUUUAAAGGCCGACACUUCUCCUGUCAGUGUGCGAUCGCGCGCGUUACUAUCAAGACGUGUUUUAUCAUUCUGUUCAGCUAUUUAUUUACAGUGACAAAUUGACUGAUAAUUCUUUGGAAGUUUACUCACGCAGUGACCAAAAGUGGACUAUAAUACAGCAGUAUGGAUAAAAAUGUGUCUGAAGAGGUGCAAAAGAAAAUCAACCAAUUGCGGAAUUGGGUAGACAGUCAACCUCACUUGCCGAAGGAUAUAGACAACCGUCUCAUCCUGCGAUUCCUGCACAGCUGCUACUAUGAUGUGGAGAAGACGAAGCAGACCAUUGAGCUGUUCUUCAAAGUCAGAGACAGUGCCCCGGAGCUAGUCAACCACAGGGAUCCAUUGUCUCCAGCUAUGCAGAAGGCUAUGAAGAUUGCAAAAGUGGCGCACUACGAAAUAUCAGGCAAGAGAAAUGUCUGGUUCUGGCAGCUAAACGACCCAGGUCUGGAACAAUACGACUAUAUUCAGGAUGCUAGAAUGUUCUUCAUGACCUGUGAUGCUUGGAUACUAAGCAAUGAUGAACUGGCUGAAGAAGACAUUGUUGUAAUGGAUGCUAAGGACAUUUCUCUGAAAUUCAUUUCGAAAUUUAAUAUGUCUGUUGCGCGGAAACUUUCAAAGUAUCAAGAGGAUGCCAUGCCGAUCAGAUUAAAGCAGAUCCACAUCAUCAACGCACCUCCUUUCAUUGACAAGCUGUUCAGCAUCAUGAAGCCCUUCCUAAAACAAGAAGUAACAAAUAUGAUCCAUUUCCACGUGCCAAAAUCGGAGACCCUAUACAAGUACCUAAAUAAAGAAGAUUUGCCAUCCGAUUACGGUGGCACUCGCCCUUCCAUGGAAGAAAUGAAUAAGAAAGUCGUAGACAUUGUUAUGGAAAAAAGGAAAAUCUUUUUGGAUGAGAACUUCUGGAAGACGGAGAAAAAGGGAAAGAAAGUAAAAGAAAUCUCUACAACGUUCAGAUCUCUAGACAUAGACUAGUUAAUAAAUAGACCUGGCCACAUGGUAUACUAGUAGUAACAAGUUACGACAUAUGUGAUAAGUUUAGCAAUAUGAUUGUUUUUAACUUAUUCAUGUGUAAAUAGAAAACAUGUAUUUUUAUAGCGAUAAAUAAGGUUUUGGUUAAGCAUCUGUGCAGACGGGAGAUUUUGUCUGCUGAGGAUAUAAAAUAAACAUCAGUACCUUAGUACGAGUUUACGUUGAACGAAAACGAAAUGAAAGCGUGUUCGACGUUCUGAUUGGCCAGCGCUAAUGAACUAACCAAUCAGAGCUCCGAACAUGGACCAUCUCUCGUUUGCACAGACUUUUCUUGGCGACUUGUAAACCUAAUUAAAAAAAUAAAUGUGCAAACGCUGUCUUUGUUAAAACCAGGGAAAGUAUGACAAUGCCAUUUCUUUCCUUCGACGUUUGUGUAUAAAUUGAUUUAACUACAAGAAUGUUAUUUGUUUCUGUUAUUUUGAUCGUAGCUUGAUCACAAUUAUGAGAAAAGUUUAUUGAAAAAUUAUGUUCUUUUAUACCAAUAAAAUUGUAAAUACAGGAUCUUUCUUUUAAGAAUAUAAAUAGCUGGCUGUGUUAUGUAUUUGUGUGCCUUAUUAUUUGUGCAAAAGGAGAUUUUUCAUGCCGAUUGAGUUCGGGUUAAUUUGACCCUUUUUUUAGGCUGGAAAGCCAUCCAAUGACUUCUCGCGCCUUAGACGAGGCGAAAGGGAGUAUCAGAUUCUUACUGACUAAAAACGAUCCCGUGCUU